AUGUGGAACGCUGAACUCCCUGAUCCUGACAGUUUCGCAUCCAUACUUAAGACAAUUCUGUAUACACUCGUUCUUCUCAUGAGAAAAACUGGCACAACCAUCCAAUGGCUCUACUCCUUUAACGCCACGUUUGUCUUACAGCAAACGCUAUCGAUCUUUGCUAUUGCCUACUGCAACAUGGAAACCUUGUGCAAGCCGACGUAUAUGGUGGUUAUAUUUGUCACCACCACAUGUGGAAUUUUCUUCUUCUUUUUGUCGCUGCAGCAUCUGCCAACGCACCAUAACGGAUUCCUCUUCUUGGUACAAGCUACUCGAAUGUUUGCUUUCUUAAUAGGGUUUGUGUACCUGACUGAUGAAAUUGACAAACGUCAGGGAAUUGACUCUUAUGCGGUUGGAUUCUUCUUAUCACUAUUUCUGAAUUUUACAACCCUAAUGAAGCUUCUAAGGUUGAGUGAUAUUUUUGGAAUACCUCAUAGCCUGAUGGCUCUAUCGGUCUAUCUCUUGGUCAAAUUCCCAACGGCUAUCAGGAAAUCAAUGUGGGUCGUUGCCUUUUUCUUGGACAUGUUUGAGAUGGCCCCUGUUAGGCUUAGGCUGGUUGAACCGCUACCAAUACAAGGUGGACGCGGAGGAGCUUUAGUUGAUCAGGGAGGUUUAAUAGGAGAAGGUGUUGUGACUAUGGAAGCGGUUUUUGGUGAACAUAAGACAGACAUAAAGGGAAUUGCCCUUCCGCAACAAUCUCACUUGCUAUACUCAGUCAGCAAAAAUGGAAAAUUGCAGAUUUUCAGCCGCACCACUUUCCACUGCAUUGAGACAGUCAACCUCUGGGAAGAAGUAGGGUCUCUAAUCAGCAAAGGCACAUGGGUCUUUAUUGGCUUGCGAAAUAACAUAAAAGCUUACAAAGUUGGAACCACCGAGAGCACAGUGCUUACCAAGCCAUCUCAUCCAGUCCCAACAUAUAUAAACAGAACACAAAACAGACCGUUUGUUGAAACCAUGGUAGACUACAUUAACACAGAGCUCCUUGGUCUUGUGACUGCAAUGAUGUUUGUUGAGGGAAUGCUUUUUGCUGGGACAAGUUAUGGCCUUAUAUCUUGUUGGAGAUUUGAGGAUCGCAUGUACAUGGUUCAACCUUUCCCAUACAUCGGGACUCUUAAAGGCAGUCAUGAUGACAAGGUCACAUCUUUGGUUGCCGGAGGAGGCAAACUUUUCUCUGGUUCUGCGGAUUUUUCAAUAAAGGUGUGGAGUCUCUCCACAAGGAGAUGUGUACAAACCCUAAGGCAACAUAGUGACACUGUCUCCUCACUCUUUUUUUGGGAUCAACUCCUGUUGUCAUCUUCCUUGGACGGGACACUGAAAACUUGGCAUUGUUCUGGAAAUGGCUUGUGGGAUCUGGUAUCCUCGCGGACACAAGGACAGAGUGUGCAUGCUCUUUGUGGGAUGUAUGACCUAGACGGCAGACCAAUCAUACUCUGCUCGUACCAAAAUGGAACAGUUGGCAUCUACAAUCUACAACCGUUUACACAAAGAGGAACUUUUUCGUCGCCAUCUACUAUCGAGACAUUCACGGUUGGUUCAGAAGGAUUGCUACUCAGUGGAGGCGUAAGUGGAAAGAUGCACGCAUGGAGAUUGACCGGCAACUGAAGAGGAAACAAAACAAUGCAAGUACUUUUUUUUUUUCUAUCUUAUUUAUGUUUUUCUUAGACCUGCUAUAAUAGCUUAUGAAAUAUAAGAUGAUAGAUUUUAAUACGCUGUACACUCUA